AUGCUCUUCUUCCUCGAAUUAUGUUACACCCUUGCGGCGAUAGCAGCUUUGGUUUUCGCCAACCGCCUGUACGCCCUCUACAGAAACUAUCUAUCCGCCCGUUCCCUCAACAUCCCUAUCAUCAUCCGCCUAGAGUCAUGGCAAGACCCCGCCUGGAUGCUCCUCGGGCCCAAGAUACGGUCUCUCCUGUCCGUCAUUGGCUUAUGGGAUCGCAAUGCAAUAGACUACACGACCAUCGGCUGGUCGCAACUCGACCGCUUCGCCUCACAUGCAAAACACGGACCCGCCUUCGCCCUCGUCACGCCGUUCAAGACUAACAUCAUGGUUUCUGACGUCGAUGCUGCAAGAGAAUUGUUUAAGAAUUGGCGUGUGUGGAUCAAGAACCAAGACCUGUACAGCAUGUUCAAUACUUAUGGGAAGAAUGUGAACAGCGUGAAUGGCGACGAUUGGCAGAGACAUCGCAAGAUCACAUCACCAGCGUUCAAAGAAGCAAAUUCGAGACUGGUGUGGAAAGCUACGCUGAAGCAGGUCGAUAGCAUGGUUUUGAAGUGGUUGGUGGAAGAUGAGAUCACGUUGCGCAGGCUAAGAGGCGAUACCGAGAAGGUUGCGAUGCACGUACUCAUGUCUGCUGCAUUCGGAAAAGAGUACGACUUCCACACUGGCGUCAAGGUCGUGGAGCCAGGGCACAGUAUCAGCUUCGGCGAGGCGAUGCACACGUGCAUCGGUUCCUUGUCCAUUAUGCUUACGCCCAUUACCUUUGCGGCGGCAAAGUUACCCAGCAUACUUAUUCCAGCUGGACUGAGAAGACUGCAGAUUGCCGUGCAGGAAGUGCGCACGUUCUUGAGAGAUGCUGUCAAUGCAGAGCGGGAUGCAUUGAGAAACGGCAUGGCGCCAAAGGACAAUCUCAUUAGCACUCUCGUGCGCGCAAAUGAGGAAGAGAAGAAGGCCGAGCAAGGGAAACGGCUGGCUCUGACAGAUGAUGAGUUAUACGGCAAUUUGUUCAUCUUUAACAUGGCUGGACACGAGACAACAUCUGCGUCACUAAGCUAUGCAAUUCCGUUGCUCGCUAUCUACCCCGACAUACAAAAGUGGGUGAGAGCAGAAGUAGAUGCAGUACUUACUGAGUCUAGUACGAAUUACUACAGUGAGAUCUUUCCACGGCUAGUUCGAACGCUGGCAUUAAUGUACGAAACCCAACGUUUCUUCAGCGCGAUUCCUAUGCAACCCAAGUAUACCAGCAAUCGGUCCCAAGUUCUCAAGAUCAACGGUACGGACAUGGUCAUUCCUCCCCAUACCUUCGUGUCCAUCAAUUACAACGCGGUUCACUUCGAUCCGGCAAUCUGGGGCUCAGAUGUCGACGAGUUUCGACCAAGCCGUUGGAUCAAGAACGCGGGGGAACCCGGAAAUGAGCUGUUCGCGACGCCGGAUGGGGCGGAAUUUGUAGGUUGGUCGUCCGGACCAAGACAAUGUCCUGGCAAGAGGUUCAGCCAAGUGGAAUUCAUGGCAGCGAUAGCGAGACUAUUGAGGGAAUGCGACCUUCGGCCGGCGAGGGUAAAAGGCGAGUCGAUGAUGCAUGCUACCGAGCGAUUGAGAUUCAAGACUUUCGACGUGGAGCACUUCAUUUCUUUGCAAUACAAAGAUCCAGAUUCUGCGGGGAUCGUAUGCACCAAGCGGACGAAUUUGUGA